GAUAAAUGUAAAUACGGAAGUGACGUAAAACCAGUGUUCUAUAACAGAGUGCUAAAACAGGCUUGAUAGAAUUACCUCGAAAUAUUUGACAUUUUUAAGAGUUACGUUUGAUGUGAACGUUUUCUUAUAGUUUAUUUGUUUUCGGAUUAAAUGGGGGAAGAAACCUCAGGCAACAUAAACUCAUUUUGCGGUUUGAAAGGGAGGCUUCCUGUAUCGCUGGUACUGUUAGCAUGUUAGCUUUUUGAGCUAUGGAGAGUAAAAAGGAGAAAACGUUCAAGUUUGUUGUGGUCGGAGGUGGCAUUGCGGGCGUAACAUGCGUGGAGCAGCUGUCAUCUCAGUUUCCAUCAGAGGCCGUGGCUCUUGUCACAGCAGGUCCCCACAUAAAGGCGGUGACCAACUAUAAACAGGUGUCCAGAAGACUGGAGGAGUUCGAUGUGGAGGAAAAACCCUCCAGUGUUUUAGAGGAGAAGUAUCCCAACCUGACCAUCAUUCAUUCUGCUGUAAAAUCCCUCCGCACACGUACACAUUGUGUGGAAACCGCAGACGGUCGUGUGUUUGGUUACGAGAAGCUCUGUAUAUGCAGCGGUGCCCGUCCGAAACUCCUGACCCAGGAGAACCCGCACGUGCUCGGGAUCCGGGACACAGACAGCGCACAGGAGUUUCAAAAGCGGUUAGCCAAGGCCAAGAGAAUCGUCGUCGUCGGAAACGGAGGGAUCGCAUUGGAGUUGGUGUAUGAGGUGAGGCGCUGUGAGGUGAUCUGGGCUGUGAAAGACAAAGCCAUUGGAAACACCUUCUUUGACGCGGGAGCGGCGCAGUUCCUCAUCCCGUCGCUGGAGGCCGACAAAGAGCAGGCGGCGGCUCCGUGCAAAAGGCAGCGCUUCACCACGGAGGAACCGGCGCCGGAUGCUGCGCACACUUUCACAGCCGAUGAAUAUUCCCGCGGGCAGAACCCCGGUCCCGUCGAGUCCGGCAGCGCUCUCGGCCCGGACUGGCAUCGAGGAAUCGAGCUGCGAGGAGCGGAGCAGGGGUCCCGCAGAGUUUCAGUGGAGUACCAGUGUGAAGUGGAACACAUCUUCACCUUGGAGGAGUUCCUCGUCUCCUCAAAGCAAACUCCAAAACCUGACACUGCAGGAUCCUGGCCGGUUUACGUCCAGCUGACCAAUGGCGAGACGUUUGGCUGCGACUUCGUGGUCAGCGCCACCGGGGUCGUCCCGAACACAGAGCCAUUUCUCCACGGCAACAACUUUUCAUUGGCAGACGACGGCGGCCUUCGAGUAGACGAUCACAUGAUGACAUCAGAGACGGAUGUGUACGCUGCAGGAGACGCGUGCAGUGCAUGCUGGGAGCACAGCCCACUUUGGCAGCAGAUGCGGCUCUGGACGCAGGCCCGUCAGAUGGGCUGGUACGCGGGCCGCUGCAUGGCGGCCGAUGUCCUCUCCGAGCCAAUCGACCUUGACUUUUGCUUCGAACUCUUCUCGCACGUCACCAAAUUCUUCAACUACAAGGUGGUCCUGCUGGGGAAGUUUAACGCACAGGGGCUGGGCUCCGACCAUGAGCUGCUGGUUCGCUGCACCAAAGGCCGGGAGUACGUCAAGGUCGGCGCUGGUGCCGGGACGAUUUCUGCAGUGUUUCUGUUAAUGUCUCUAGUUGAUAUUUUUUUUAAAAUUUUUUAUAUAGGUAGGAUCAACAUGUCCAGGUGUUUUCUUGCUAAGUUUACAGAUAUCAGAGGGAUUUUUAUUUACAUGAGGCACAGCACUGCAAAAACUCAAAACCUUACCAAGUAUUUUUGCUGUAGUUUCUAGUUCAAAUAUCUUAUUACACUGAAAAUAAGAUGAAGCUAACGUACAAGUAACUUUUCAGCAAGAAAAAGGAGCUUAUUUUAAGUCAAUUAUUUAAUAUUUUGCUCCACUGGCAGAUUAUUUUACUAGUAACUAGCACUUAUUCAUCAAUGUUAAGUAAUUAUUGACUUUAUAUAAGCUCACGUAUCAUGGCAAAUGUGCAUGUUUUGUGCAGACAAACUACCUAAUACAGAUUUUUUUCUCAUUUUUUGAUACAUGUUUGUUUUUCAUACAUAUUUUGCUUGCCAUAGCAUGUGACGGACAAAGAUUUUGAAUGAGUUUUAUGUUUUAAUUUUGAUGAAAGAAACCAAAUUUUCACAUACAUGGAUGAUAAGGUUGUCAUGGUUUUUAUUUUAUUUUUCAAUGGUUUUUCUUUAGGCUUUGUUAUAUUUCUUAAUUCGUUUUCUAAAAAAAUAAAAGAGAAAGUUUUCACGUUUCUGGUUGCAACAUGACAAAAUGUCGCUGUAAGCUGAAGUUCCCGCGAAUACUUUUGCGUCAAACGGCACGCAAUCUUAAACUUCAGAGAGAGAAUAAAGAACGUGUAAAUUCAAUUCUACUUAUCGGAACUUGGGGAGGGGGAAAAAAAAAAACGUGUCAUUUUUUAAAA